GAAAAAGUCUGCCUCCUCCUCACCGACGGCCGCUGCCUAAUCGGCGACCUCAUAGCCUGCGACGCCGUCACCAACCUCGCGUUAGAAAACUGCGUGGAACGCAUCAUCCGGUCCGCGGACGAGGACGAAGCGAGUGAAGAGGAACCGAGAGGAUUGUUCAUGGUGAGGGGGGAUAAUGUCGUGUUGUGUGGAUUGGUGGAUGAGGAGUUGGAUGGGAGUAUUGAUUGGACGAAGGUUAGGGGGGAGGAGAUUGGGGGGACGAAACAU